AUGGGAAGUACAAGCCUCACACCAAGGUGGCGUUUGAUGCCAAAACUAUCGACGAGUUUCGGCGGUAUUAAGAACUUUCAGAGGAGAUUGAACUCGCUCUCUAAGCCGAGGGUAAGGAUCCAGAGCAUGUGCGUCCGGGAUUCUCCUGAGUCUACAAGGCGUACUUCGAAAACUGCUCUGCAGGAUGAUACUCACAAUCCCGCGUUUUCUGCUGAGGGCGUUCACCCAUUUGAAGAUGGCGUUCCCUUAGUUGUACCCGAGCUUUGUUUGACACACCAUCAGGUGUGCGGUUCGAGCUUGGGAGGAGGGCCUGGCAUUCGGCGUUUGGGACCUAAGGAAAAUGUUCUUGAAGGCUUCCCGAAUUGUUCGACUCUUUGCUGA